AUGGUUGUGGGCAUACACUUUACGGGAUAUGAGUUGACAUACCUUCUUCCUCUGUUUCCUCUACCCGAACACCUUCAUGAGAAGCAAGCUACAAAAGCAGCCAAAGAGAAUCUAUUUGGGCUCGCCACAACUAAGGUCUAUAAGGCAAACAACGUACCAAACCAGCCCGCUGCAAGCCAGACCGGGCUCCCACCCGUUCCAGCACAACAAGGCAGUCAGCAGGCGUUCGGAGGCUACCCCCAUCUGAACCCUCAGUACGGAGGACUUGGUGGCCUAGGAACGCACCAUCAGACCGGAGCCUCUCAGACGCAUCACCAAGGCGGUGGAUAUGGAAACUACGGCGCAGGUUUUGGCACCAACUACUACGGCAACACAGGUCGGGGCGGUGGAUGGGGUGGUAGCUACUACACUGGAAAAGGGUGA